GCAGGUGCAAAAUGCAAUUAAAAGUUGUAUGCAUUUAUUGGCACAAGGGUCAACAACCAAAUCCCCUAGCAAAUAUCCGAUUGAACUACAAAUAAGUACCGAUUCUCCACUUAACUAUAAAAGCUGCGCAUAUUCGGGGGCAUACAACCAGUACAGCCAGAAUGGCAUCUUUCUCCGCUUGGUUUGUCCUCGUAUUGGGACUCGGUAUCGCUGCUGCUCUGGAUUUAAAUAUUCAAACUAAUAGCAGCCGACUCUUGGCAGUUCUUAAUACAUCCGCUCCUGUUCAAGAUUUACUAUACCACAUUGAUGUCUGGCGAAACGAAGCAGCUUCAGUGACAACAAAAUCUCCUCCUUCUUCAAAUCUGGAGUCCAUUAUUCGCUCCGAAGUCGGUGGAGAUUGGGAGCGAGGCAAACUUGUCCUACAAUUAGCUAGUCAAGCCAGAACCGUGGAGCUAAAGGAGACUAUUUACACAGUUCUCUGGGAGGAGCUACAGCAGACCAAGCAGAUCUACAAUCCCUCGAAGAUUCUGGAAUUUUAUGACCUGCUGUCUCUACACACGGAUGUUCCAGUGCAACUUAAAGAAGUUAUCUAUCAGGCUUUCAUCCAUCGAAGUGCCCAGUUGUUGGAGGCUCCGUUUUACACAGCCAGUCGAGAAGCCACUUUUCCGUUGAUAAACUCCCUCGUUCAUCGACUAACACUCAGCACAUUAGAUUAUCUGAGAGACAUCCUGGAAGUUCUGUACGAUGCUGUUUUGGCCCUGGAAACACCAUUAAAAGUUGUGCAGAGGCUCGGCAACUUUACGGCUAGCUUAACACAGUUGGCUCAAGCUAAUCUGCAAUUACUAAGCAGGGAAGAGCUCAAGCGUGGGGAUCCCGACGUGCAGAAGGCUUUGCAAAGCAACCUUAGGAAUUUAAUUCAGCAGCCUGGGUUCGACAGAGAUGUGGACCUCCUUCACCAAUUUGAAAUCUAUGCACAACUUUCCAAAGAUGAGCAUCUCUUGUACACGGCCAAAAAAGUUUGCAUCCGCAAUGUGACCACUGAUAAUUCGUACAUUUAUGAAUGUCCGCAGACGUAUUUGAUCUGCAGCAAUACUCGAGAUCCCAAAAAGGCUGCCUAUUUUAUCCAACGUGGUCACAGCAAUGACAGCCGACCGCAGUUUGCAUUCUACAGUGCCUUCUGGCGAAAUCGCUAUAUCCUGAUUGAACCAGCUGCUGCUGCCGUUAGCAAUGCAACUAACGUGAUCACCAAAAAUGUGUACAGCCGGCCCAACAUUAACUGGUGGCGUGUGGUUUAUGCAAAUGGAGGAAUCUCCUUGUACGAUGCUACCACAGAGAAAUCUGUCCUAUGCGGUGGAAAUCCCAAUCACUGGGAUGGUGAGGAGCAUCAUGUAUACACACGCCCUGCAUCGGAGUUCUUAGCUCACCAGGCGGAGUGCACCUGGAGCUUGGAAGAUUGCAGCGAUGCCGCUUAGCUGAAAGUAAGGGGGAUGGUGCAGACACAAUUAUAAAUUAUUACUAUGUUUAUUUUGACUAAUAAGGCACAUGAGAAAAUCGAA